UUUGUUAGGAGAGAGAAGGGAGUGGCGCGGCUCAAGAGUGGAAUUUCACUUCCUGUAUCUCAGGUGAGUCACCUGGGCUAUGUCGUUGACUCCGUGGUUUUUGCCGACAUCAAACAGGUUAAUCUCUUCUGAGUUUCAGUCUCGUAAAGCGUCAGCUCAGUGUGGUAGCACUCAGAUACGUCUUGUGGAACAUCAGGAAGUUGUUAGUUUCUCGAGAGUUUAAUCAGAGUCGACUGCCGAGGAGGAGAAGUGUUGUUUAGCUUUGAGGCCUAAACUGGUCUCUCUUUUUAGGUUGUUUUUUGUUAUAAGUUUUCCCAACUGUGGCUGUUUUUAUAUAUAUAUAUUGAACCGAUUUCACUUUCACUUCUGGAUUUUAUUUGCGUCAAUUUGCCAUUGUGGGACUCUUAUUUUAAAAUAAUGUAUUCAUUAAUUAAAGGACGAUCGGGUGCGUGUGCGCUGCUGCUCUUGUUACUUGUUGUAACCACCGCUGGUCAGCAGGUUGGUGAGGAAUGCUUGGCCCAAUUCGAGAAAGGUCGGGAUGACUUUGUGCUCGAUGCCGACGGAUCUGUGAAAGACGGAGCGACGUUUAUUUCGUCGCCGAAACUGUAUCGACACAAGGACUGCGUGCAAGCCUGCUGCAAAGAUUCCAGGUGCAAUGUCGCCUUCAUGGAGGAGGGAGAGGAGGGAGGCACGAUCAGCUCCUGCUUUCUCUUUGAUUGCCUGUACAAACAGAAAUACGUUUGCCACUUUGUUGGGAAGAAAGGAUACGACAGUUAUAUCCACAAGAACAUUUUUAGCAGGUAUCAUGUUAAUCACCCCGACCCAGAUACUGAUGACCGUCGUCCAGUGGCCGAUGGAGGUCCGGGCCAGGUGAUCCAGCCUCAUGAAAGCCUGGUACUGAAUGGUAUGAAAAGCAGAGAUGACAAAGGGAUUGUGUCCUACAAGUGGAAAAUGCUCACUGAAUAUCUAUAUGCUGUCUAUGAGGACAUCCAAUUUAAAGACCAAAUGGUUGUUUCCAACCUGACAUCUGGGAAAUACAGGUUCCAGCUGACUGUUACGGAUACUAUCGGCCAGUCGGAUUCAACCGAAGUUAAGGUCCUCGUCCUCACUCCUGAGCAGUCUGAGCACCACUGUAUGGCUCCGAAGAAGGCUGGACCGUGUCGUGGCUCUUUCCCUCGGUGGCAUUACAAUGGCGCCGAAGAAAAGUGUGAGGAGUUCUUAUUUGGGGGCUGUAGGGAGAAUCUCAACAACUAUCUCACUGAGGGCGAGUGCGUUAAGGCCUGCCACGGUUCAGUAAAAGGAUCUGGUAGAGGUUUACCAAUUCUUAAAAAUCAAGUGUGGUCGUCAGUGAAAGACAACUUUGAGAUUCUGCGGCAGAUUCCAGUCAAUGAAAAAAAAGCACACUGCACAGAAACUCCCGACCCAGGAGACUGCAGGGACAGUAUGACUAAGUGGUACUACCAACCCAUCGAACGGAAGUGUUUGCGCUUCAACUACGGUGGCUGCGGAGGAAAUGAUAACAAGUUUGAGAAUGAGGAGGCCUGUCAAGACUAUUGCCGUGGUGUCACAGAAAAUGAUGUAUAUUUAAGAGAAAGACAAGAGAGCGAAACCAGUGAGAGUGACAGCCAAACAGCCAUUUUAGCGUUAGCUAUCGUGUUGGGUGUGGCUAUUGCCAUCGUUCUAGCCAUCCUGGUGUACCACUUCCUAAAGGGAAGGAAGUCCCAGCACCGUCGUCUGCCUGCCAGUAAUGCAACGUACACCACGAUGGAGCCGAGCAGAGACGCUCUGGUCUACAAUAGCACCACCAAACCCAUCUGAUCGAUGAGAAAAGAAAGGCUGGUGUUUGGUUAAGGUUGCGAGUUGGAGAUGUAUGUGUUUAAAGGUAAUGUACAGCCAAGGAUGUCUUGGACGUCAUCAGUGAUGAAAUGUGAGGUUUCAUUUGAUUUUUUUUUUUUUUUGAGUUGUUGGAUAGCAGUUUGUGCAGGCUGAUAGGAAAGUACUUUUAAUUCUUUGAAAGUAGAUUUCCACAGGACAUGAUCAAUUUUAACCAUACCCACCCCCCCAAAAAAGGUUCUCUACAUGUUCAUCGUUGCAUUAAAUUAUGUUAUAGCUCCGUGGGGACAGUUGAAUUACUAAAGUCUACAUUCUUAUCAGGCCCAAACUGGCCUCUUUCUACAAAGUAAUGUUCUUGAUUUUGUUUUGUUUUUUUACAACUGAAAUCUGGGAAAUUUGGCGGUUAUGUAAUGUCAGUGAUGUUUUAACGCCACUGACAUUACAUAACUGCCACUGCGGUUGCUUUAAUGCCGCCUUCUUUACUCUGUCCAAUUUUCUUUGUAUUGUGUUUUACAAACUAUUGUUACAUACUCCCAUGGAUUUCAUAUGAAUAGUUAAUGCUAUAAAUAUUCUUAGAAUUUCAGAAGGUAACGCUUUACCCUGAAGUUUCUGGGUUGAUCAUUUUUAAAUAUUUGUUUUUAGAACAAGCAUCAUAUUAUCAAUUCCUUAUUCACACUUUAAUAAAUACACUUGCAGUUAAUUAUUCAGCAUAAAAUGUACAUAUUUGCUGGAUCGUGAUGUUCUUCCUUAAUAAAAAUAUUAACUCACUUUUAUUUGAGAAAUCUUU